UGGCCGGCCGGUGCAGCGCAGUCUCCAGUCUGGUGCACGGAGGAGAGCCUGCAGUCGAGCAGCGGCUUCCAGCGCAGCUCGGUCCGGUGGGCAGCGAAGAGUGCCGCGAGGUUUGCCGGUGCCACAGGGCUGGCCGGUGUGGUGGUGCGCGGGCAGAAGUUUCGUAGCAGACGGGAGUGGCGCCAAACGCUGUCGUUAUCUCGCGUACGAAUACCCGGGGGAGCGCAGGCGGUCGUAAGAAGAGGCGCAUUCCAGAGCGGCAGGCGAGGCGUAGGCGCCACUCGGCGCGUGGGCGCCCGUCCCGAUAAAUCUCCAUCUCGAUUGCCGCCGGAUUCCACGGCGCCUCCGCGAGGACACCGUCCCCGCCCCGCGCGCAGGAAUUCCCGUCCCCGGCCGCCUCCGUUUUUCUCCUCCCGGUGCGGCCGUUCUCGUUCGUAAUCUCGGGCGCCUCUUCGUGUUUGUGGUCCUCCUCCUCCUCCUCCUCCUCCUCCUCCAGCGGCCGGACAGACCCCGCCAUUCAGCCGGGACACGCGCGCGCCAUGUCGCGUGACUCAUCGGUACGGAGCCCCCGCGGAUACGGAGCCCUGCCGCAGCGGCGCCGGUGAAACGAGUCGGUGGCGCCGCUCCGGCGUCGACGCGCCGCGAGGGCCGCUAAUUACCCGCUCAGCUGCCGGAGGACGGAUCGGCGCGCAGUUCUCCGUCUCCGGUCGUCGCGCGUAGCGGUGUCACUCCCUGGUGAGGACGCUCAGUGACACACACACACACACACUCACGUACACUCGCCCGAGGGGACUUUCCGGCGGCGCGGUAGGGGGAGGUGCGAGUGAAUCCGACGAACCGUAUAAAGUUGCACCGCGACGCCCGGCGCGACACUCGGCGCGGCGUCACCGGCCUACGCGAACGCGCCCGUGCCCGUCCGCAAGUGGUCUGUGGCGAAAAGGGCGUGGGAACCGCGAGGACGUCACCGCAGGACUCUGCCCCGAAGGUGCGUCGUCGUCGUCGCCGCCGCAGCAGAGAGAGGGACGCGCAGCGGGCGGAGAGGGAGGAAGCGCCAGUCGGUCACCUGACCCAGAAAGCGCGGCCCGGCGGCAGUGCGAUGCUGGGGACCGCCACGGUCAUGUCGACGUUCCUGUACACGCUGCUCGGCCUCACGGUGGGCUCGUCGCUGCACUGCGCCGUGCGGCGCGAGAUCUCGCCCUGCUCGUGCCGGCAGCGCGACGGCUCGCUGCAGGUCGCCUGCGAGCGCAUGGCGUCGUUCGCGCAGGUGCGGGACGCCGUCGCCGGCAAGUUCGCGCCCGAGCAGCGCGUCACGCUCCGCAUCGCCUACUCCAGCCUGCCCGACCUGGGACAGCACAGGUUCGACGAGCUGGGCUUCACCGUCACCAGCCUCAAGCUCAACCACGACAACCUCAGCUUGCUAAAUGAUGAAGCUUUCCAUGGGCUUGAAUGGGUUGAAUUUCUGAGUCUGGCUGACAAUGCAUUGCCUGAAAUUCCACAAUAUGUGCUAAAACGUAUGCCACAUGUGAAAACUCUCGAUAUGGGCCGAAGCAAAAUCAGUACUGUAUUAGAAAAUGAUUUUAAGAGUGUUCCAGAGCUUCAGCAUCUAUUUCUUCCAGGAAAUAUGAUUUCAAAACUGGAAAAGAACUGCAUACCUUACAUUCUUCGCCAUCUACAUAUCGGACGGAACAGAAUUGAGAGCCUAAAUGGAAGUCUCAGGCACCUGAAUGAUCUGGAAUGGCUCUUUUUAAAUCAGAAUCAGUUGGUUUCUUUGGAAGAUGAAUUACCACCAGAUGGAGCAAAACUAAUACUGUUACAUGUAUCUGACAACAAGCUCCAGAAAUUGCCACAAGAUCUUCGAAAGUAUAUUUACUUGGAGAGUCUCUUUGUCUCAAAAAAUGAAAUACAGAGCUUCAAUGGAACAUUACAGAAACUAAGAAAACUAAAAAGAUUGCAUGCUGACCACAAUAAGAUCAAAGAGCUUUCAUCAGAUGAAUUUAUGGAUCUUGAAAAUAUGGAAGAUCUGCAGUUGGGACACAACUGCCUUUCAGUAUUGAAUGGAUCACUUCUUCCACUAAGGUCCCUUCGCUGUGUGAACCUAACACACAAUCUUUUUGAGAACAUGACACUGAGGGAGAUUACAGGUCUGAGAAACCUCAGAGUUAUUGAUCUCUCUCAUAAUCAAAUAAGGCAUUUAAGCAGUGGUCCAAUGACACAAAACCUUGUGGAGCUGGAAACAAGAGUAGCUGAACUUAGGUUAGAAUACAAUCUACUCACAGCGCUGGAUGGAUCCCUGAUGGGGCUUCAUGGCUUACAGAAAUUAAAUAUAAGCCAUAAUUUAAUUGAAACCAUUUCUCCUGAUGAUCUUAUCAACCUGGAUGAACUGAAAGUAUUGGAUAUCUCAUUCAAUCGACUCACUACUUUAGAAGAAACAUCUAAGACUGUUCUUCCAGCUUUGGAGUUUCUGUAUGUUUCAAAUAACUUGCUAACGGCCCUAGAAAAAGACUUCCAUGGACUUCCAGUUCUGUGUUGGGCUGAUUUAUCACACAACCAGAUUCAAACCGUCGGCCAGGAUCUUAUAGCACACACUAGGUGUCGAAGGUUUGGUGUUUAUGACACCCUUAGGAUAUAUGUUGAUGGGAAUCCUAUUGUAUGUGGUUCAGAGCUGGAACAGGCUGUUGCUGCCAUAGAAGCCCAUUAUGCCAAAAUUCAUGGUGUUCUUGAGUGUACCACAACAAACUUAACUACAGUUGCAGUAACCAUAAUUGAAUAAAAAGUGGCCAUUUGAGUUUUACAUUUAGUCACAAUCCUUCAUUCUGAAACUCAUGAUACCAUCAUAGACAGAUUAAUAUGUUAAGUGACUCUGAUGGGGUAUCUGACGUGCAGUGAAAAGAACUAGUGUGUUGUGGGGUCUAAAGGACUGUAAGCAAUGUUGUGUGCAGAUGUCUGACAUAUGAUAAGAAACAAUGUCCACACAUACAUAUAAGUACAAAUCAUGUGGCGUAACAGCUGGAACUUGAACAAUAAUCAGCUCAGCAAGUGAAAGUUUCCAAUCAAAAAGUUAUUGGAAAGUGCUAUGAUAUUUAUGGAAAAGUAUUUCAUUGAUUCACAUUUCGUUUCCUAUUUUUUUUUUUUUUUUGUUUUUUGUUUUACUGUUUUUGUACAAUGUAAAAUAAAGAAAGAAAAAUAUAUUUUUUAGUUGUUGUGUGUAAAUAACAUUGUGUGGUGCUAUGAAUCUCAACUUUAUUUCUCCAGAGAUGCUGUAAUUAAAAACUGACAAUGUUCUUUCUCUUUUUGACUUGACAGAAGAAAAUGACUGGAUUCAUACAGAAAAUGGCUUUUCUUUUUGAUGGACUGAUUAUCAAAAACUGUAUGAUUUUAUGAAUGAAACAGACUGAAUAAUUUUGUGGUGCACAUGCCUUUAAUUCUUUAAAAUUUUGUUUAUAGACUGACGUGGAGAAUUGUGUGAGUUUCAGAAUGAAGCAACAUGCAUGCUUUAUAACACACAUAUCUCAUAAUGCAAUUAUAAUUAAUAAAACAAAACUGAUUUGAAAUGUGUUAUCAAGUUGAGCACAUUGGCAUGUGGUCUUCUGUUCAAGAAUGGGGUCUUUGUUUUUUGUAACAGUAUCACUUUCUUAAAAGAAAUCUUAUGCUAAAAUAAUUUCAUAAUUCUAUUGGUAUGACAUUUCUGUGAUUUACUUACCUUGCCAGAAAAAGUGUGUUUCAAAUGUUUGAUUCAGUUAUUAGUAAUUACAGCUGAAUCUGGAAGCACUAGAAAAUGAAUUUUUGCUACUGAGAACACAUAUUAUUGAACACAUUAGGAAAUGCUUCCCACAAUUACAUUUUCUUAAGUAUCAAGAGUAUAUCUAAAUUUGAGAAAGUAGAAAAAAACAUCAUUAUUAUUCUUUCUUAAAGUAAAUUAUUAACACUGAUGGAAAUAAAACAAUACCCACUCUCUUGCCAAGGGAUUAUCAAAAGUAGAAUGAUUUUGUAGCAGUGAAGAACCAUGUGACCCACCAUGUUUUAAUACUUAUUAUACUUAAACUCCAGUAUACAUCAUUUGUUUUUAGAUGGUAAGUUUUGAUAAUAUUCUAACAGAGUGAGAAUAAUGGGAAAGAGAACAUUGUUCCUUCACAUAUUCAAGAGAAACAGUCAUUGACAUAGUAUUUAAGAGGUACAGAACAGGAAUAUGAAUGCUCUCGUUUAUUCUGGGUUUCACAGAACACCCUAGAAAACUUGAAAACAUAAGUAGAUUAGCCACUCAGUUAAUAAUCUCCCUUUUAGUGUGAAAGUGUGUAAGACACUGCUUCAAUACUGUGAAAAUACGAUAUAUUUUUUUGUGAAUGUAGUGACUGAUAUUGUUUGCCUAACAAAGGUCUCCUUACCUAAUAUUUAUACAUAAUUAAAUACAAUAAACAUAUAGCCAGAUUCAA